UGCCAGGAUCUCAGGCACACCAAUGGCGUCCAAGCAGCAGAUUUUUCUUUUAAACUCUUGGCAAAAUUCAAGAUAGAUUGCACGCGGCAGCGUUUGCCUCCAUCGCUUUAAAUACCUUCCUCGUCUCCAGACAUCUCAAGCCAUCUGCAAGUCAAGUCUCACUAGUCACUCCUAAUCCUAAACCACAAGACACCUUGGUGUUAGAAGUGCAAUGGCGACCAGCACCAUGGCCCUCUCCUCUACGGCCUUCGCCGGCAAGGCCGUCAACGUGCCAUCGUCUCUCUUUGGCGAGGCCCGCGUGACCAUGCGCAAGACCGCGGCGAAGCCCAAGCCGGCUGCCUCCGGCAGCCCGUGGUACGGCCCAGACCGCGUGCUCUACCUCGGCCCGCUCUCCGGCGAGCCCCCGAGCUACCUGACCGGCGAGUUCCCCGGCGACUACGGCUGGGACACCGCCGGGCUCUCGGCCGACCCCGAGACCUUCGCCAAGAACCGGGAGCUGGAGGUGAUCCACUCCCGCUGGGCCAUGCUCGGCGCGCUCGGCUGCGUCUUCCCCGAGCUGCUCGCCCGCAACGGCGUCAAGUUCGGCGAGGCCGUCUGGUUCAAGGCGGGUUCCCAGAUCUUCAGCGAGGGCGGGCUUGACUACCUCGGCAACCCAAGCCUGAUCCACGCGCAGAGCAUCCUCGCCAUCUGGGCCUGCCAGGUCGUGCUCAUGGGCGCCGUCGAGGGGUACCGCGUUGCCGGCGGCCCGCUCGGCGAGGUCGUCGACCCGCUCUACCCCGGCGGCAGCUUCGACCCGCUCGGCCUCGCCGACGAUCCCGAGGCCUUCGCCGAGCUCAAGGUCAAGGAGCUCAAGAACGGCCGCCUCGCCAUGUUCUCCAUGUUCGGCUUCUUCGUGCAGGCCAUAGUCACCGGCAAGGGCCCGCUUGAGAACCUCGCCGACCAUCUCGCCGACCCCGUCAACAACAACGCCUGGGCCUACGCCACCAACUUCGUGCCCGGCAAGUGAGGGGUCGGUUCCCGAACUGUUCGAUCUGUAGGAGGUCCGGAUGUGAGCGCGCAUUGGUUUCAGUUUGUACCAUGAUAUAAAUUACUGGGUUCCAACCGAGAAGGAAAUUGCUUGCUGUGUUCGUUGUCUGAACUCGAACUGCUGCAUCGCAAAUAGGCAGUGCUAGUUAUGCCUUUGGCAACGAUUAGACGAGAAGUUCUGGUUAUGUCUACAUCAUAAGAGACGCGAAGAAAAAAAAAACUAUGAUCUGCUCUA